AUGGCGACUUUUGAUACCCAAGUCGGCAGCAGAUUGGCAAUAUCAGAGGCUUUUUCCAAUUCAAACCCCAAUGUGGAUUUGGUCCUGAUACCUGGAGUUGGCACCGCGGCUGUCCGGGAAUGGGGAGUCUGUCAGCAAUCAUGGCUCUCGAUGUUAGAGCGAGAAGAACACAGCCGGCUCAGAAUUCUCGAGUUCCACUACCAAAUUCCACUUGAUGACCACUUCUCCUGGCAAUUCUUUCUCGACCAAGGCGCAAAUCUUCUCCGCGAACUCUCUCAGCUUCGGAGUGCCACCGAUGCACAAAAGCGACCAUUGCUUCUUAUGUGCCACAGUCUUGGAGGAUUCAUCCUCAAACAGGCUAUAUCUAUUGCAAACUUCCAACAUCCGAGAUAUGAUCUCCUGCUCAAUGCCCUAGUUGGCAUGGUGUUCCUUGGCACGCCGCAUAGUUCACCAGGAGACGACACUCUCUGGGAGCAAUGUUUAUGGAUUUUGAGAGCGGCCAACCCGGGGAUGUCGAACAAGCAGGCGCUACUCCAGAAGAAAAAUGACACAUCUCUGUUGACUAACUUGGGGGCUCGUUUUCAAGAUGUCAAUACCAAUUUACGCAUCUUGUCUGUGUAUGAAGAGAGGAAGACCAUCAUCCCCCGAACUUUUACAAGCAAGAAACUGAUUCUUGUUGACUUGGAACUGGCGAAGAUCGGCGCACUGCGGGAGCAAUGCUUCGGUUUACCUCUGUCACAUCUCGAUCUAUGCAGUCUGAAGGAUGAAAACGGUGAGCCCGACAUGCAUAUCGUCGACUGGAUGCGAACUGUUUUGAGAUACUCUAUCAGCAAUGUAGAGGAUCGGAUGCGAUCAUAUCGAUCACGAACUCCAUCUGACCACAGAUCCGACAGUGGCGGCUCGAAGGAGGCUGCCGAGUACGUCCUCAGCCGGAACGAAGGAAGCGCAGAGGCUGGAAACACUGGAGAGGGCCAAUAUGGAUCCACGACAAUUGAUCUGGAGGUGAUUCCCAUGGUUGAGGCUUUCGCUCCGUCAAGAAGGCAGGCGGUAUUGCCAUGCAGAUCCCUGGGUGGCUACCCGCGGAAUAAAGAGUUCACAGGCAGGGUUCGCGAAUUGGAAUUGCUUGACAGCCUAUUGCUUCCUUCUCAAGACCGUCUGGUGUCUUCCGAAUCUCAAGCAUCAAGACAUGUUACUCUCUGUGGUAUGGCUGGUCUUGGAAAGACAGAACUCGCUUUAGAGUUUGCACAUUCCCGUCAAGAACGAUUUGAUGCUGUUUUCUGGAUCCAUGCUGACACUGUGAACAAGCUAGAGCGUGAUUUUGCCGAUAUCGCCGUCAAUCUGGGGCUUGAAGAUGAUAAAGAACCCCGGGAUCUUGUGGUCAAUAGGGAGACAGCAAAAGGCUGGCUGUCAAAACCCACGAAGCUCUUAGAUCAAACACACGAUACUGUCGGCCAGACGGAGGCCUCUUGGUUGAUUGUAUUGGACAAUGCAGACAACCCGGACGUUAUCAGUGAAUACACACACAUAUUCGGAUCUGGAUCGUGGUUAAUCACCAGCCGACAUCCACUGGCGAAAACAUCAUUUUCUCGUGAUACUACAGUCCUGGACCUGGAACCACUGGACAAUCACACAGGCGCCCAGCUUCUCCAGAGAUUGACCGGCGCAAACGACGACGACCAUCUCUCGUUGAUGGUGUCACAACGACUUGGCGGACUUCCACUGGCUAUUGCUCAGAUGGCUGGCGUCAUUCGCCGCCAGUAUAUGCUUCUCAAAGAUUUCCUAGAAGUUUAUGAAGACGACACGAGGAAUCCGAUGGACUCUCCAACGGGGUCACUGAAGUCGUUGAACGUCCUAGAGCUUGAGCUGGAGCAAAGACCGGCCAGAGCCAGAGGCUCAAUCGCGUCCAUCUGGGCUAUUGACGCGCUGACGCCGUCCUCGCGGAGUUUACUCGAGGCGAUGAUCUUUCUGGACCCAGAUUGCAUACAAGACUACUUGAUGAAAGACUGCUGUGCUCAAGUAAUCACGGAUGCAUCUUUUCCCAGGCGUCUAAAGGGGUUCUUCACGGCCCGUGCUGCCUUGAUGAACAGCUCCUUAUUGAAGACGGUUAAUGACGAUACUGGCGUGAGGAUUCACAGGGUCCUUCAGGAUGCCGUUAGAGUGAACUCGAGACGCAAAUUGGACGUGAUCUUUGCAGACACGGUGGCUGUCUUGUGCGAAGCGUGGCCUUCUGCUGCCAUGCACAAGAUCCACGACGUCGAGCGGUGGCCACGAUGCAAAGAAAUCUACCAGCACGUCAACUAUCUUCGAGCUGAGUACAAGGAGCAGUUGCUUGAAGGCAAGAAUCUAUCGAAGUUUCAAUACGCGAAGCUGUUGUAUGAAGCUGGAUGGUAUCAACACGCAACAGGAAACUCUUAUGCUAUCCGCGACAUGCUUGACGAAUCAUGGAAAAUUUGCCAGACUUGCGAAGAAAGCCAGCAGAGUCGAAACCUACUCGCGGACAUCCAUUACACAAUGGGUGCCAUAGCUAGUGAGACCAACGAUCCGGAAUUGUGCAUGCAACAUACAAGGGCUCUCCUGGAUAUGAGAAUGCAAGUUGCCGAGAAGACUGCGAUCAGAGAUGUACGCCUAGCCAUUGCCUACAACGAAAAUGGAAUAGCAAGAAUGAUGUCUCGCGACUUUGACGGAGCCGAGAGGUGCUUUGAGAGCGCGAUUGACGUGUACAGUUCGCUUCCGGACUUCCGAAAGGACAUGAACACCGUGUCACACGCAAAUCGAGGUUUGGCUGCUUGGCUGAAAGGUGACUUCACCCGUGCAAUCAAGAUAUUCGAGGAUGCAAUUCGAGACCGGGAAGAGCUUUUCGGCUUUCUGGAUAAGGAGAAUUUCCGUUGUGGGCGCUUGUGGUAUGGUCUGGGAAACGUGAGAUGGAGCCUCGGAGAAUUUAAGCAGAGCUGGGAAUGCCAUCAAAAUGCUUUCGAGCAAGCUCAGGACACCGUGGGCGUUCGACAUCAUCGCUUCGCCGACAUUUGCCAUCGAAUUGCACAGCAUUUGCUCCGCCACAGCAACCUCAACCGUGAAAAUCGAGCCUCAUCGAAAACACAUCUCGAGCAAGCUCGAGAGGUUAUCGACCAAGCUUUGGGGAUCUGGGGCACGCACCAAGCUACCUAUAGACCAGAACUGGCGCGCUCCUCCUUCCUCAAGGCAAAAAUCCUUCAUCGCGCCGGUGCGGUAGACGAUGCUUCAGCACUUUUCAAAUAUGCAGCCAAAUCAUGGAGGGAACUCUCCGCAGGUGCCAACAAACCGGAUCGGGACUUGACAGAAGAAGAUUUCGAUGAACUUGUCACAUUCUGGUCCAAGUGA